AUGCAGUCUCCAUCUCAGCAAGUACUUCUCAAUAUUGCCAAUGGCAUCCAGUCUUUCCCUAGCAACAACAAGACACCAGUUGAGGCUGAUAUCAAUCGGAAUGCCUACCCUAAAGCCGAAGACUACAAUCAACCGAAUGAGCUAGCGACUGGGUUGAGGUUUGGGAAAUACCACGUUGACCAUGUCAAGAGAUUCGUGGCAAGGACAGCAGACUCUCGCGAGGAAGCUAGUCGACUCGCAGACUUGACGAAACUCCAUCGUGAAUUCUGCAAGGAGGCCGUCAAGGAGAAUCCAAUAUCCAUAUAA